UCCUCCCCCCCCCAGCCAGAAACUAACUCUUCUGCGCGAGAUGCUGGUGGGUACCUGCCAGGUCAUCGUUGCCACCCCAAUGGAGAUGCUGAAGAUUCAGCUACAAGAUGCUGGUCGAAUAGAGGCCUCUAGGAGGGUGAUUGCACAGGCACGGGGACAGGCUGCUUUGGACGGUCUGAGACCGAAGUCUCCCACAGCCCUUCAGCUCACCAAAGACCUUGAAGCAGAAAGGGAUCACUGGAUUGUACAAAGGCCUUGGAGCCACCGUACUAAGGUGGUCUACUUCCUGGGCAUGGGGGAGCUCAUCCUCCGCCUCCUGCCUGCUAAAGACCCAUGA